UGCCUAACCUUAUGAAUGAACAAAACUCAUACUUUUUCAGGGAAGACGAAAAUAGAUUUCUUACGCCAGAUGGUGUCGGCACAGAAGAGUUAUUCUUGAACUCCAAAUUUUUUGAAUCAGGGCUUGAAUGUCGUAUGGAGUAUGAUCUUUUGUCGAUUCAGGGUCAAAUGCAAGAAGAAAACGAAAGAGCAGACUUUUCAAGGUUUAACCAAGUGACUAGCCCAAGUGUGUCGUUUGUGGAAGAGGAACUGAAUAGUAAUAAGUUUUUCAACGUGGAUUUGAAUUUUCUUGUCGACAGUACGGCUCCUGAACAAAGUCCAAGUAUUCCACUUUCUUCCUCCACAUAUUGUGUUUCAGAAGUUGAUUGUUACAGUGGAGUUUUUCAAUCGAGAAAUGAUGAGACAAACCUCCAAGAUAUUUAUGCUGACUUACCAUAUAGUCGUUUUCCUGAAACAAGAGGCGUUGAGAAACAGCGAAUAGCUCAGACUUGCCUUGUUCACAGCGACUUGCAGUUAAGUCAGGACAAUUUUAUGUGUUCUUCUAUUUCAGCUGGAAAUGUAAGAAGGAAUUCUUUAACAGAUCCGGCUCUUUCAGUGCUUGACCAUCCAUUCCGAUCAAUUUCGGUUCCUGAAAGCUUUAUCUUUUCUGAAGAGUCUUCAAGAGAAUAUAGGAACUGUAAUGUUCGUUUGUCUAUGGACCCUGAAAGUUCAGUUGUUAAUUACUGUUUUGAUUCAAAUAGAAAAGGUCUAUCAAAACGAAGAAAUUCUAGUCAUUCUUCUUAUCAAGAAAUACCUUCAUCUGUAGAUGAUUUUGAAAGCUGGAGACUGGAAAUCUAUUCCUUAUUAAAAUAUCGAGGUUUGUCUAGAAGAGAGUUUGCAAAAAUAGCAAGAAUCGGGAAAAAUACAGUCGGGAAGUAUUUGUCUGGUCAUUGCAAACGUGUUUCAAAAGAAGUUGUAAACAAAAUGUUAUAUGCCUUUCAUAUACUACAAAGUCGGGAUAGAACAGAGUUCAAAGUUUCACAAACUACCAGGAGCCACAAGAAUCGAAGGUUAUCAAUGAAGCAAAGAGAGGACUCUUCUUUUUCAAAUUCUUCAUUCUGCUCGCCAAUUGAGACAGAAUGGGAUCGAAUCAACAGGACUUCGUUGGUAGAAAUGGAAAACAUAAAAAUGGAAGAUAUUGCUGCAUUUCAUUGCUUGCUUUUUAGUGAUGGACAAGAGCCAAAGGCGACGACUCCACUUGACGCGUUGAAGUCUGAUUCGUUUUAUAGUUGCAAUCCAUGCCAUGAUGUAUCAACCAAACAAAAGUCAGAACCGAGUCAAGCAGUUUCGACAGAUGACGAGAAGACUGAAAUUCGUUUGUUCCCUUCCUACUCAUCUCUCAGGACAGUUUCUGAGGAACUGCAGUGUAAAAAUUCCGGUAUCGCUGAACACGAACAACAUUUCAAUCAUGAGAAAGAAUACUUGAUUUUGCGUUUGAUUUCCUCCGACGUGGAAAAUGAUGAAGUGGAAAAUUGGGACAAGUGUACUGCAACUUCUGUACAAAAUGAAUUUGAGUCAAAUACGACAAAGAAUACGAACGAGCAAAUCCAAGAUUUGGUGGAACAAGGUUAUUAUAGAUACUCCGAGCCAUUUCAGGAACCUCCAUCAGUUAUUUGUUUUGUGCCAUUACAAAUAGAAGUUCAUAUACCCUGCGAUGAAGUUCAUGAAGAGAGAAAUUUCAGUACACUCUAUUCGUGGCGUUGGGGAGAUAAAAGACAGACAGUUGAUUCUGUCGCAAGCGAAAUAGCUGAACACUACAAAGUGCCUAGCAGAUACGAAGAUAUUUUGAAGAAGUGUAUUCAAAAUGCACUUGCGCGACAUGGUCUUAUAGGAAGCGUGCAACAUGCCACAUCGUCUCGAACAGUUCGCCUUGAUCUAGAUCUUGGUGAUAGUCGACACCACUCGGAAGAAUUUCACGUCGACUAUCCAUGGCCUGAAAAUUUCCCAUAUAUUCUUGCUCGUCAAAUAUGUAUGGAUUUGAAUGUCAAUCCACAGCAUGUUGAAAGAAUAGCAGUUAAUAUUUUAGAACAGUUGAACGUUGGCGAUUGAUAAUGCACUUUAGACUCCAAUUAUACAGAAGAACGGUUUUCAGUAAUGUCUUUUUUCUGCGUCGAGCAUUGAAGUUUUUUGCAUCAUAGGCUUUUUUGCAGAAGACAAAUGGUGAAGUAAAUUUUUGAGAGGUAGCAAUAUUAUGUUGAUGAGCUGGCAUAUUUAGAAUACCAGCUCCAUGUACUAAGUUGGAAUUGCUAAAAUUUGAACAUACUUUUCAAUCAGAACAUAGUAGUCAUCAGUUUUGUUGAUUCCAUGAAUAAUUGCACAAGUGCUUGGCAUAAAUUCUGUUGUUUGACGCAUAGUUUUCGAAAAUAGAUACGAAGAUAAAGAAUUAGAAUAAUGC